AUGCUUCUUACGUGAUGGAUUUCUGCUCUUUAUCGCGCCCAUCGUCGUUGCCUCUUCUCCGGCGAGGCCGAAGUUCAAUAUGCUACACAUACAAGACAGUGAGAUCUUUUCCCUACGUGAGAUGCACUCUGAAUCCCAGUUGCGAUACUAGGGAGACCCAGGUCCAAAGUCGAAUGUUCAUUUUGGGAAUGGGGUUCGUUGGAGAGUUCUUUGCUGCAAAUUUGAAGUGUAAAGGAUGGACAGUAUCUGGGACGUGUACCAGCGCUGAGAAGAAAAAGAAACUGGAGGAAAUGGGAUACAAUGCUUUUGUCAUGGAUGCCAAAGAUCCAUUACCAGAGGUCCUAGAUGUCAUGAAAUGUCAUUCACACCUUCUAAUCUCCAUCCCAACAGUUCCUGGACUCGGUGAUCCUAUGCUUCGACAUAGAGAAUUACUUAAUGAUAGAUUGAAAGAUGGUGACCUCAGGUGGCUAGGCUACUUGUCAUCAACAAGUAUUUAUGGAGAUUGUGAUGGUGCAUGGGUAAAUGAGGAGUUUCCAGCAAGGCCUACAAGUGAAUCAGCCAAAGCUAGAUUAGCUGCUGAAGAAGGAUGGUUGCAAUUGGGUCUUGAUCUUGAGGUUGCUGCACAAGUAUUUCGACUUGGUGGCAUCUAUGGCCCUAACAGAAGUGCUGUUGAUACCAUUCUUAAGAAGGGGAAUCUUUCAAGGAGUCAGGUGAUGAGAUCAUCUAAGAACUUUACUUCUCGGAUUCAUGUUGCUGACAUCUGCCAAGCACUCAAUGCCAGCAUCCAGAAUCCAUGUCCGGGUAGGGUAUACAACAUAGUAGAUGACGACCCUGCCUCUAGAAAGGAAGUGUUAAGAUUUGCUCAGAGUUUGGUGGAGAAGAAAUGGCCGGAUAGGGUCAUCAAACAGUGUAACCCUAAUGGCGACUCCCUAGAUAAAGGAGCUUAUAGAGGUGAAAAGCGAGUAUCGAAUGCCCGGAUGAAAGAAGAAUUGGGAGUGAAGCUGCUUUACCCAACAUACAAGUCUGGCUUGGUUAGCAUCAUUGAGCACAUGGCUAUACCCUAAAUAUUGACUUAAAUUCUUGCUUGCUGCUCAAGUGAAUUGAGACUGGCAUGCUUAAUUCUUCAUGCAUCAAGAAAUUGCCUAUUGAAAGUAUAUAUUUUGUUCAAGUGUAGGACUUUAAAGUAGAUGCAAGUUGUGAAUGUUUGCUUGACUGGUUUUGAGGGUGCUCCUUUCAAGUUUCUGAAACUGGCUUUGCUUUUUUCUCAGUAGGAGUUUGAAGAACACCUUUCAAAAUAGUUGGCGCACUUCCUGGAUGUGAUUUUCUAAGUCGUGAAAUUGAUACUAAUUUCAAAGCAGAUCAUCUCAUGAUCAUAAAUAUUGAUUGUGAUUAUCAUUAUAUUUGAGAUUGUUCUUUGAAUAUUACUAACAUUGAUCAUCUGGAUCAGUCGCUCGUUGGUAAUUAGCUAUGGUCAGUUGACCUUUGGUAAUUAUAUCGCUAAUAUUAAUGCUCUAAAUUUAA